GUUGUUGUUUACAUUAUUCUCGAUUUAAAAGUUGUAUCAGCAGCAGUGCCUAGUUUUAUUCUCCAAAUUAAAUUUUAACAGUGAAAACCAUGUUCUCCAGACUUCCGUUAAGUGCAGCUCUCUUCAGUAGAAACCUACCCGCUCAAAUCAUCCGCAAAACGUUGGCCACGACCACCGCUGCUCCUAAGGCGACCCCAAAGGAACGGAAGAAAAAAGCUUCGAAAGACGAGCCCUCCAAGCAAUCAAUUCCAUCCGCCCGGCUAGGCCGGGAGCUGGAAGAGUACUUUGGACCUAAACAGUACGGCAAAAUUGUGGAUGUGGUGCCGUCGAGUCUCCUGAAACGCACGCAAACCACCGAUCGAUUCUAUGUGGCUUCGCCGGAACGAGCGAAAGAGAUUGCCAAGUUGCUAACGGAUGACCUAGAACCGGAUGGGCUGCUUGUGGAGGUCAAUCCCGGUAUGGGGCUGCUGACGAAGGAACUGCUAGAGAAAACGGACAAUCUGUUCCUGUACGAGGCGGAUGAACGGUUCGAACCGGAACUGAACAAGCUGGUGGUUCCGAAGCCGAAGGUGGAGCUAAGGUUCGUUGAUUUCAAUGGUUACUGGCGGCAUUGCUAUCAGGACAGUUUGGAUCAGGGCAGUCGGAUAGAUAAAUUGCUGGCAGGUUUACCUCGGCGAUCCCGUUGGAAAGAUGAGGAGGUCAAUUUCCGGCUGUUUUCCGUGAUUGGGUCGUUGAAUUUUUUCAAAUCGCUGAUCCACUCGGUGGCCACCCAGAAGGGAUUGUACGGACUGGGUCGGUGCGAAAUGAUACUGGCCGUUCCGCCGCUGUUCUUUGCGCACCUGACCUGUCGGAGCGAGUUUGGCUACAAACUUUACCGAAGCACCAGUGUCCUCUUCCAGAUAUUCUUCGAGCAUGAGUUUAUCGGGAAAAUUCCUCGCAAGGAUUUUCUACCGUGGCCAAAGAAUCCCAGCGCCAAGAGCCGCAUUCUGACUCAGUACAGACGGCUCGGAUUGGUCGAAAACGAUGAACUCUUUCUGAUGCGUGUGGUUCCCCGGAGGAAUCUGUUCGACCACUGCCUGCCGGAUAAUCUGAAGCUGCUAUCGUUCUUCGUUUCCCAGAACAUGGUCAGCCGAAAGAAUCGGAUCAUUCCGGCGUUGGAACGUUGGAUCCCGUUCUGUGGCGCCCGGCUGAUCCUGAAUCAGAACUACGUUGAUCCCUCCGCCGCCCCUUCAUCGCCAAAGAAGCACUCCGACUCGCCGUCGUUCCAAUACACAUCGAGCCCCCUGAGGGAGCGGGACUUCCCCGAACGGAUGACCAUUUUCACGGAGUUUGGCGAGUUGACGCCAUCGCAGAUUCUGACGCUCUUCAAUGAGUUUAUCAGUUGGCCCGAGUUCCAGCAGUCACCGUUUCUGCAGACCAUGGAGCAGCACUACAACAAGCACGUGUAUGGUGGUAGGCGGGAUUCGGCGGCUGCGGAGGCCACGGUAGCCACCAAGUCUGGAACCUCGCCGAAGGUGGUGAUAGAUGGUGAAGAAGCACUGGAAGACGAAGAGGAACAGCUGCUGGUGGAAGGGAGUGACGAAACGGAACCGGAAGGAACUUCGAGGAGCCGGACGUGAUAUGAGGUGAGUGUGAUGGGUUAAUGUUUACUGUAUAAAUGUCGCUUGUUAGGAGAAAAUGCAGAGGAAAGCCAUAGUCAGAUAAGGUGAAACGUCAGAGAAUACAAAUAUUGCUGCCACAAGGCGUCUCGUUUAAUUGUGAGAAAAUUCCGUUGGCAAAGUAAUCAAAUUGAUGCUAGCAGGGCACCAUU